ACUCGCAGUCCGUCCUGUGUGUCCGUCGCGGAAUAGAUUGGAUUCGGUAACAUUACUUUUCACGUUUUCCACUCAAGAGUGGACAUCAUAAAAUAUGUUCAAGUGCGUGUAAUUACCCGUGUUUAAAAUUGUUGGCCACAAACGUUCAAACGUUAGCCGCCUGGUGCGGAUUUAGAGGAAGAUUUUCUCAUCAAGAAAUUUAGACAUUGUUGAUUUUCAGCCAAGGGGAAAAAGUGACAUCCAGCUCGGCACCAUGCAGCCGUUGCAGUACUGUCCGAGCAACGUGUCCAUGGCGGUAGUCUGGUUCAACCAUGGCAUUUCGCAGUGCUUUCUGGAUACGGUUUCCGUCGCCACCAUCGGUGGCUUCCUGCUGCUCUUCGGAACCAUCCAGUUGAUCAUGUAUCGCCGGUACGGAACGGAAAUCAAUCCGUCGCAAAUUGGGCGCUCAAAAAUGUACAACUUUCAGUUGUUUCUGCUAGUGCUGCUCCCUCUACUGGCAGUGGUUCGUUUCGUGCUGGAAGGAUUCGUCUUCGAAGGAGCUCAAGUCUACGGGUUUAUGAUCGUGUCCAUUUGCGUUACGCUCUUCAUGUAUCCGUACUCAAUUUUGCUACUCGUCAAGGAGCGCUAUUUCCUGUUACCAUCGGUUCCAACACGAGGACACGGAUUAGUCCUUUUGCUUUUCUGGACGCUUCUCUUCAUCGCCCAGAACGUGCCCUUCGUCAACCUCAACUACGAUAAAGCAUGGUUCCAUCUGAACACCGGCAAGGAUAAAGCGGAAUUCGCUCUGUUCGUUCUGCGCUACACGGCCACCCUUUUCGUGUUUGUUAUCGGUCUGAAAGCCCCGGCCAUCACGUCUACCCAGCUCGGCGAGGAGUACCGAAACUUGGGGGAGGAACAGGAAAAUCAAUCCACCUUCCGAAAUGGCUGGCAAAAGUUGCGAACCCUGAUGCCAUUCCUUUGGCCCAAAAAGGACGCCAUUCUGAAGUUCCGGGUAAUCAUGUGCUUUGCGCUCCUUAUCGCCGGCCGUGUCAUCAACCUGUACGUACCGAUCUACAAUAAGAAGAUUGUCGAUAGUCUUUCCGAGCGACCGCUGGUAUUCAGAUGGGAUUGGGUCCUGAUCUAUGUGGCGUUCAAGUUCCUCCAGGGAGGCGGAACCGGAUCGAUGGGCGUGCUGAACAAUCUGCGAAGUUUCCUCUGGAUCCGGAUCCAGCAGUACACGACCCGGGAAAUCGAGGUGGAACUGUUCCGGCAUCUGCACAGCCUUUCGCUGAGGUGGCAUCUGAAUAGGAAAACCGGCGAGGUGCUUCGGGUGAUGGACCGCGGAACGGAUAGCAUAAACAAUUUGCUGAAUUACAUUCUGUUUUCGAUUGCGCCAACCAUCGUGGAUAUUCUGGUGGCGGUCGUGUUCUUCGUGAUGGCGUUCAACUGGUGGUUCGGGUUCAUUGUGUUCGUGACGAUGGCGCUGUAUAUCGUGGCCACAAUCAUGGUAACGGAAUGGCGUACCAAAUUCCAGCGCCGCAUGAAUCUCGCCGACAAUCAACAGAAGGCUCGCAGCGUCGAUUCGUUGCUGAACUUCGAAACCGUCAAAUACUACGGCGCCGAACAGUACGAGGUGGACUGCUACCGAGAAGCUAUAAUCAAGUAUCAGGACGAAGAAUGGCGAUCAUCGAUCACACUAAACAUCCUCAACACCAUGCAGAACAUCAUCGUGUGCAGUGGUUUAUUGGCCGGAUCGCUUCUUUGUGCGUAUUUGGUUGUGUAUGAGGAAGGACUCACCGUAGGUGACUACGUGUUGUUUGCGAGUUACAUAAUCCAACUAUACGUCCCGUUGAACUGGUUCGGAACCUUCUACCGUGCCAUCCAGAAGAACUUUGUCGACAUGGAAAAUAUGUUCGAUCUGAUGCGGGAAGAGCAGGAGGUGAUCGAUGCACCGGGAGCCGGUGAACUUGCGGUGAUCCGCGGUGGAGGCAUUGACUUUUCGAAUGUAACUUUCGGCUACACCGCGGAGCGGUUCGUAUUGCGCAACGUGUGUUUCACGGUGCCGCCGGGCAAGACGGUGGCCAUCGUUGGGCCGUCGGGUGCAGGUAAGAGUACGAUCAUGCGUUUGAUGUUCCGGUUUUACGAUGUCGAAAGCGGAAGCAUCUCGAUCGAUGGACAGAACAUCAAAACCGUUAAGCAGGCUUCGCUGCGGAAGGCCAUCGGUGUGGUUCCACAAGAUACGGUACUGUUCAACAAUACCAUUAAGUAUAACAUUCAGUACGGUCGCGUGGAUGCACCGGAUGUGGAUGUAAUACUGGCCGCCAAAAGUGCGGAUAUUCACGAAAAAAUUCUGACCUUCCCUGAUAAGUACGACACUCCGGUGGGCGAACGGGGCCUGAGGCUGAGCGGAGGGGAGAAACAGCGCGUGGCGAUUGCUCGCACUAUCCUGAAGUCGCCGUUCAUUGUCCUACUGGACGAGGCUACCAGUGCGUUGGAUACGCAAACGGAACGAAAUAUCCAGUCGGCACUGGCGAAGGUUUGUGCCAACCGAACCACGCUGAUCAUCGCGCAUCGGCUGUCGACGAUCAUUCAUUCGGAUGAAAUCCUAGUCCUGAAGGACGGAGUGAUCGUCGAACGGGGUCGCCACGAGUCGCUGCUGGACAAACAGGGAGUCUAUUCCGAAAUGUGGAACCAGCAGUUGAAGAAUUUAGACGUGGGGACCUCCGGCGAUGACGAGGGUCAACCACCAGGUAAACCGACAUAGAACACCGUGGUAGCACAUCAGCAUCAUCACCUUUAGAAAAGACUGUAGUUUUAGCGAAAGAGAAAGAGAGAGAUACCG